UCAUCAUCAUCCACGACGACGACAACAACAACAACAGUGUCCAGGUACAUCCCCUCUGUAUUAAAAAAAUCUCUACCCGUCGCCGUCAUCAACCCCCCACAUUUUCUAUUCCAUUCAUUCGUUACUUCCCAUACUCUCUCUCUCUCUCUCUCUCUCUCUCAAAAUGGACUUGACCCACCCGCAGUCCACUCUCUCUCUAGGGUUCUCAUCACCAUCACCACAACCCUCGCCCCGCCACAACAACAACCACCGUACCCAAAUCGCCGACGACUCCAUCUCUCUCCAACUCGACUCCUCUCUCCGCGAACCCACUCCUCUCGCUCCUCCCACCAUCCCUCUCCAACUCCUCGAAUCCAACGGCGCCGUUUCGCCCCCCCACCACCACCAAGACGACGAAAUCCGCCUCCUCGGCCACUGCGUCAAACGCCGCCGUCCCGACCCCGAAACGACGACCACCUCCUCCUCCUCCUCGUCGAUCGAGUCGCGAAGGAACUCCGUGCGCGCGUGGGGAGGCGCGCCUCUCCACGCGGCGGACCCGGAGAUAUUCGAGAUUAUGGAGAAGGAGAAGCAGCGGCAAUUCAAAGGGAUCGAAUUGAUCGCCUCCGAGAAUUUCGUGUGCCGCGCGGUAAUGGAAGCUCUCGGAAGCCACUUGACGAACAAGUACUCCGAGGGAAUGCCCGGAGCGCGGUACUACGGCGGAAAUCAGUACAUCGACGACAUCGAGACUCUAUGCUGCGACCGCGCAUUGGCGGCGUUCGGCCUCGAACCGGAGAAUUGGGGAGUCAACGUGCAGCCGUAUUCGUGUACCUCGGCGAAUUUCGCGGUUUACACGGGGCUUUUGCUGCCCGGCGAUCGGAUUAUGGGGUUGGAUACGCCGUCAGGUGGGAACACGAGUCACGGGUACUAUACCCCGAAUGGGAGGAAGGUUUCGGGGGCGUCGAUUUUCUUUGAGAGUUUGCCGUAUAAGGUGAAUCCGCAAACUGGGUAUAUUGAUUUCGAUAAGCUGGAGGAGAGGGCAUUGGAUUUUAGGCCUAAGAUAUUGAUUUGUGGAGGGAGUUCGUACCCGAGGGAGUGGGAUUAUGCAAGGUUUAGGCAGGUUGCGGAUAGGUGUGGUGCUGUUUUGAUGUGUGAUAUGGCCCAAAUUAGCGGCCUCGUUGCGGCUAAGGAGUGUGUUAACCCUUUUGACUACUGUGACAUUGUCACCUCAACAACUCAUAAAAGUCUUCGAGGUCCUAGGGGAGGUAUAAUUUUUUAUAGGAAGGGUUUGAAGCCAAGGAAGAGAGGAAUGCUUUUAAGUCAAGGAGAUGAAAGUGACCAAUAUGACUUUGAGGAAAAGAUAAACUUUGCAGUGUUUCCAUCAUUGCAAGGUGGACCACACAAUAACCACACUGCUGCUCUUGCCAUAGCAUUAAAACAGGUGGCUACACCCGAGUACAAGGCAUACAUGCAGCAGGUGAAGAAAAAUACUCAGGCUCUAGCGUCUGCUUUAUUGAGAAGAAAAUGCAGGUUGGUUACUGGAGGCACAGACAACCAUUUGAUACUGUGGGAUCUAAGGCCUCUUGGAUUAACAGGUAAGAAUUAUGAGAAAGUAUGUGAGAUGUGUCACAUAACUCUCAAUAAAAUUACUAUUUUUGGUGACAAUGGAGCCAUCACUCCUGGAGGAGUAAGAAUUGGUACCCCUGCUAUGACAUCUAGAGGAUGUCUAGAGUCUGAUUUUGAGACAAUGGCUGAAUUCCUCCUCAGAGCUGCACAGAUUGCUAGUACAGUGCAGAGAGAGCAUGGGAAGAAGGGUUUUUUGAAGGUUUUCCUAGGUAACAAGGACAUUGUUGACCUCCGGACCCGAGUUGAAAGUUUUGCAACACAGUUUGCAAUGCCAGGAUUUGACAUUUGAAUGGGUUCAAGAGUUGCUGCAUAUAAAGGGUUGCUGGUUACCAUCCGACAUUUGAAAGGUAACUGGAAGGAUUACCGUCAUCCUCCUCUUAUACCUGACAGACCUCUGCUGCUCAUGCUACCUUCGAAAUUUAUGUCCUCCGUUUGUCCUUGUGUUCUUGGUUGGUGUCUCUGCGAUUUUUUUGGCUAUGGUUGAUGCAGUCGCCAACCUUUUACUACCUAAGGUACAUAAGGAUUUUGCCCUGCUAAAGGGAGGAUUGUUUUGGUAAUUAAUUCUUCCUGCUGUGUUGAAAAAAAUGGUGGCUGCAAAACAAUGAAUGAGUAUGGUGGUGUUUGGGACAUUUUGUCAGCUGUCAAAAACAGAAGAUCAAAUCUGGAUCAACCAAACCUGAGUUCAACCUUAAUGUAUAGAGUGUGCAGAAUAGUUUGAAUUUGAUCUGUAUGAAUUGAAGUUAUGAAUUCUUUUUGAUACAGUUAGAUACAGCAAGAUAUACAGUUAACAUUGUCAUAUUGUUUCUACUAAAUAAUGUGAAAGAUAUACACCAUACUCAUUCUCCUUUCGUUCUCUA